AUGUCGUCCCGUCUGCCGAGCUCACAACUCGCCGCGUUCUAUAUCAGCGUCAUGCUGCUGGCUAUGUUUACUGGGCCUGCCAUUGCUCUUAAUUUUGAUCAGUAUCAAACGGAGACUUCCAAAGGCGCGGCCUGUGCAGCAGAGAACAAGAUUUUGGGCCCUUUUUACAUACCUAACAAUCAAUGCUCCGGUGCAAUUUACGAUCUUUCGAAACACUGCGAGCGACUUGAGUUGGUUAAAGUGACGGUGUUGGACUACGCGCACGUCAAAAUAAAGAUAGAUGAUGCUCUGCGCUCUGUGAGCAUCGAGCGAGCGCCGAAUCUCCUGGGCGAUUGUCCAGGGCGCGCGAUGGUGCGCGCUGCACUGGCCUGCGGCCCCUCAGUGCCCAGCCGUAGGCGUCCUAACGACAAAGAAUACAUCCUGCCGCCACUGUAA